CAGAAAACACCUACUCUUCUGUGUGUGCAACAGCAGCCAAAAUGACAAGAACAGUCAUACUCCUUUACUUCUUUUUGGCAGUCUGUCCUCUGUCUGAUGGCAAUCUCAUUGAUUGGCCUUUUCCAUUUCUGAAUCAGAGUGCACACCUGGGAUCAGGGAAACUUUGUGCAACGCUGCAACUGCAGACCAAUUUUCCCUGGUUCAGUGUAAACCUGUCAGUGAGUGAAAAUGUGCUGCUGAAUCCUGGAAAAUGGCUUCUGGAGAGUCUGUCACUGAAGGUGGAAAAAACCUGCAGUUUCAUGGUCUUUCAACAAGACAAAGAAAGCCAAUAUUUUCCUAGAGGAUUCUAUUCAAACAUUACUAUAAAUUCCAUCAGUACACAGUCAGAAAUUUUGUGUAUUUGCAUAAAACUGCAAACCAGAUACAGACGUGCUCCAACAUUUCAAGAUUUAAGCAAUUUAUGGGACAUCCUCGCACCUCCACCUGAUAACAACUAUUGGCAGAAAGUGUGGAUUUCAGAACAUUUCAAUGAAAGCUUCAAAUUUGAACCCAAAUUUCAAAAUAAAGCUUCCAAAUACAGAAUUAAAUACAGAACCAUGGCAAAAAUGGAAAUUUAUGAUUUCACUGACUCGAAAGAGGAAAUAAAAAUUUUAAUGAGAAAUGAUUAUGUUGUGGUUGAUCUUGACAAAAAUGGUAAGCCAAUUCAUUAUGAACGAGUUACGGAAGAUAUUGCUAAACAAUUAUCAGAAAUCACUGAAAAUGCUGUGACUACAAACGUGACUACAGCUGCAACUGCUGUCAGAGAAGGGGCAAACGUGACUACAGAUGUGACUACAGACGUGACUACAGCUGCAACUGCUGUCACAGAAGAGCCAACUAUGACUACAGCAGCGACUACGGUCACAGAAGAGACAACUAUGAUUACAUCAGCGACUACGGUCACAGAAGAGCCAACUAGGUCUACAGCAGCGACUACGGUCACAAAAGAGAUAACUAUGACUACAUCAAAAAGUACAGUCACAGAAGAGCCAACUAUGACUACAUCAGCGACUACAGUCAAAGAAGAGACAACUAUGACUACAGCAGCGACUGCGGUAACAGAAGAGACAACAUUCAUUACGUCAGCGACUGCGGUCACAGAAGAGACAACUAUGACUACAGCAGUGACUGCAGUCACAGAAGAGACAACUAUGACUGCAUCAGCGACAACGUUCGCAGAAGAGACAACUGUGACAAUAUCAGCGAGUACAGUCACAGAAGAGACAACUAUGACUACAUCAGCGACUACGGUCACAGAAGAGCCAACUAUGACUACAGCAGGGACUGCGGUCACAGAAGAGUCAACCAUGACUGCAUCAGCAACUGCGGUCACAGAAGAGACAACUAUGACUACAGCAGCGACUGCAGUCACAGAAGAGACAACUAUGACUGCAUCAGCGACAACGUUCGCAGAAGAGACAACUAUGACUACAUCAGCAAGUACAGUCACAGAAGAGCCAACUAUGACUACAUCAGCGACUACAGUCACAGAAGAGCCAACUAUGUCUUCAUCAGCGAGUACAGUCACAGAAGAGCCAACUAUGACUACAGCAGCGACUGCGGUCACAGAAGAGACAACUAUGACUACAGCAGCGACUACAGUCACAGAAGAGACAACUAUGACUACAACAGCGACUGCGGUCACAGAAGAGACAACUAUAACUACAGCCGUGACUGCGGUCACAGAAGAGACAACUAUGACUACAGCAGCGACUGCGGUCACAGACGAGACAACUUUCACUACGUCAGCGACUACGGUUAAAGAAGAGCCAACUAUGACUACAGCAGCGACUGCGGUCAGAGAACAGAAAACUAUAACUACAGCAGCGACUGUGGUCACAGAAGAGACAACCAUGACUCCAUCAGCGGCUGCGGUCACAGAAGAGAAAAACAUGACUGCAUUAGCAACUGCGGUCACAGAAGAGCCAACUAUGACUGCAUCAGCGACAACGGUCGCUGAAGAGACAACUGUGACUACAUCGGCAAGUACAGUCACAGAACAGACAACUAUGACAACAUCAGCGACUACGGUCACAGAAGAGCCAACUAUGUCUACAGCAGCGACUACGGUCAGAGAAGAGACAACUAUGACUACAUCAGCAAGUACAGUCACAGAAGAGCCAACUAUGACUAUAUCAGCGACUACAGUCACAGAAGAGCCAACUAUGACUUCAUCAGCGAGUACAGUCACAGAAGAGACAACUAUGACUACAGCAGCGACUGCGGUCACAGAAGAGACAACUAUAACUACAGCAGCGACUAUGGUCACAGAGGAGACAACUAUGACUACAGCAGCGACUGCGGUCACAGAAGAGACAACUAUGACUACAGCAGCGACUACGGUCACAGAAGAGACAACUAUGACUACAACAGCGACUGCGGUCACAGAAGACACAACUAUGACUACAGCCGUGACUUCGGUCACAGAAGAGACAACUAUGACUACAGCAGCGACUGCGGUCACAGACGAGACAACUUUCACUACGUCAGUGACUACGGUCACAGAAGAGCCAACUAUGACUACAGCAGAGACUACGGUCACAGACGAGACAACUAUAACUACAGCAGCGACCGCGGACACAGAAGAGACAACUAUAACUACAUCAGCGACUACAGUCACAGACGAGACAACUAUAACUACAGCAGCGACUGCAGUCACAGAAGAGACAACUAUGUCUACAGCAGCAACCGCGGUCACAGAAGAGACAACUAUGACUGCAUCAGCGACAACGGUCGCUGAAGAGACAACUGUGACUACAUCAGCGAGUACAGCCACAGAAGAGCCAACUAGGACUACAUCAGCAACUACGGUCACAAAAGAGCCAACUAUGACUACAGCAGCGACUGCGGUCACAAAAGAGACAACUAUGAUUACAUCAGCGACUACGGUCACAGAAGAGCCAACUAUGUCUACAGCAGCGACUACGGUCACAGAAGAGCCAACUAUGACUACAUCAGCGAGUACAGUCACAGAAGAGCCAACUAUGACUUCAUCAGCGAGUACAGUCACAGAAGAGCCAACUAUGACUACAGCAGCGACUGCGGUCACAGAAGAGACAACUAUGACUACAGCAGCGACUACGGUCACAGAAGAGACAGCUAUGACUACAACAGCGACUGCGGUCACAGAAGACACAACUAUGACUACAGCCGUGACUGCGGUCACAGACGAGACAACUUUCACUACGUCAGCGACUACGGUUACAGAAGAGCCAACUAUGACUACAGCAGCAACUGCAGUCACAGAAGAGAAAACUAUAACUACAGCAGCGACUGUGGUCACAGAAGAGACAACCAUGAAUCCAUCAGCGGCUGCGGUCACAGAAGAGAAAAACAUGACUGCAUCAGCAACUGCGGUCACAGAAGAGACAACUAUGACUACAGCAGUGACUACGGUCACAGAAGAGCCAACUAUGACUGCAUCAGCAAGUACAGUCACAGAAGAGCCAACUAUGACUAAAUCAGCGACUACAGUCACAGAAGAGCCAACUAUGACUACAGCAGCGACUGCGGUCACAGAAGAGACAACUAUGACUGCAGCAGCGACUAUGGUCACAGAGGAGACAACUAUGACUACAGCAGGCACUACGGUCACAGAAGAGACAACUAUGACUGCAGCAGUGACUGCGGUCACAGAAGAGACAACUAUGACUACAGCAGCGACUGCGGUCACAAACGAGACAAUUAUAACUACAGCAGCGACUGCGGUCACAGAAGAGACAACUAUGACUACAGCAGCGACUGCGGUCACAGAAGAGACAACUAUGACUACAGCAGCGAAUGCGGUCACAGAAGAGACAACUUUCACUACAGCAGCGACUGUGGUCACAGAAGAGACAACCAUGACUGCAUCAGCGACUGCGGUCACAGAAGAGACAACUAUGACUACAGCAGUGACUCCGGUCACAGAAGAGACAACUAUGACUGCAUCAGUGACAAUGGUCGCUGAAGAGACAACUGUGACUACAUCAGCGAGUACAGUCACAGAAGAGCCAACUAUGACUACAUCACUGACUGAAGUCACAGAAGAGCCAACUAUGACUACAGCAGCGAUUGCGGUCACAGAAGAGACAACUAUGACUACAUCAGCAACUACAGUCACAGAAGAGUCAACUAUGACUACAGCAGCGACUGCAGUCUCAGAAGAGACAACUAUGACUACAGCAGCGACUACGGUCACAGAAGAGCCAACUAUGACUACAGCAGCGACUACAGUCACAGAAGAGCCAACUAUGACUACAGCAGCAACUGCGGUCACAGAAGAGCCAACUAUGACUACAGCAGCGACUACGGUCACAGAAGAGACAACUAUGACUACAUCAGCAAAUACAGUCACAGAAGAGACAACUUUCACUACAUCAGCGACUACGGUCACUGAAGAGACAACUAUAACUAAAGCAGCGACCGCGGUCACAGAACAGACAACCAUGACUCCAUCAGCGGCUGCGGUCACAGAAGAGACAACCAUAACUGCAUCAGCGACUGCGGUCAAAGAAGAGACAACUAUGACUACAGCAGUGACUGCGGUCACAGAAGAGACAACUAUGACUGCAUCAGCGACAACGGUCACUGAAGAGACAACUGUGACUACAUCAGAGAGUACAGUCACAGAAGAGCCAACUAUGACUACAUCAGCAACUAUGGUCACAGAAGAGCCAACUAUGACUACAGCAGCGACUGCGGUCACAAAAGAGACAACUAUGAUUACAUCAGCGACUACGGUCACAGAAGAGCCAACUAUGUCUACAGCAGCGACUAUGGUCACAGAAGAGACAACUAUGACUACAUCAGCAAGUACAGUCACAGAAGAGCCAACUAUGACUACAUCAGUGACUACUGUCACAGAAGAGCCAACUAUGACUUCAUCAGCGAGUACAGUCACAGAAGAGCCAAAUAUGUCUACAGCAGCGACUACAGUCACAGAAGAGCCAACUAUGACUACAUCAGCGACUACGGUCACAGAAGAGCCAACUAUGACUACAGCAGCGACUACGGUCACAGAAGAGACAAGUAUGACUACAUCAACAAAUACAGUCACAGAAGAGACAACUAUGACUACAGCAGCGACUGCGGUCACAGAAGAGACAACUAUGACUACAGCAGCGACUAUGUUCACAGAAGAGCCAACUAUCACUACAUCAGCGACUACAGUCACAGAAGAGCCAACUAUGAUUUCAUCAGCAAGUACAGUCACAGAAGAGACAACUAUGACUACAGCAGCGACUGCGGUAACAGAAGAGACAACUUUCACUACGUCAGCUACUGCGGUCAAAGAAGAGACAACUAUGACUACAUCAGCGGCUGCGGUCACAGAAGAGACAACCAUAACUGCAUCAGCGACUGCGGUCAAAGAAGAGACAACUAUGACUACAGCAGUGACUGCGGUCACAGAAGAGACAACUAUGACUGCAUCAGCGACAACGGUCACUGAAGAGACAACUGUGACUACAUCAGAGAGUACAGUCACAGAAGAGCCAACUAUGACUACAUCAGCAACUAUGGUCACAGAAGAGGCAACUAUGACUACAGCAGCGACUGCGGUCACAAAAGAGACAACUAUGAUUACAUCAGCGACUACGGUCACAGAAGAGCCAACUAUGUCUACAGCAGCGACUAUGGUCACAGAAGAGACAACUAUGACUACAUCAGCAAGUACAGUCACAGAAGAGCCAACUAUGACUACAUCAGUGACUACUGUCACAGAAGAGCCAACUAUGACUUCAUCAGCGAGUACAGUCACAGAAGAGCCAAAUAUGUCUACAGCAGCGACUACAGUCACAGAAGAGCCAACUAUGACUACAUCAGCGACUACGGUCACAGAAGAGCCAACUAUGACUACAGCAGCGACUACGGUCACAGAAGAGACAAGUAUGACUACAUCAACAAAUACAGUCACAGAAGAGACAACUAUGACUACAGCAGCGACUGCGGUCACAGAAGAGACAACUAUGACUACAGCAGCGACUAUGUUCACAGAAGAGCCAACUAUCACUACAUCAGCGACUACGGUCACAGAAGAGACAACUAUGACUACAGCAGCGACUGCGGUAACAGAAGAGACAACUUUCACUACGUCAGCUACUGCGGUCAAAGAAGAGACAACUAUGACUACAUCAGCGAGUACAGUCACAGAAGAGCCAACUAUGACUACAUCAGCGACUACGGUCUCAGAAGAGACAACUAUGACUACAGAAGCGACUACGGUCACAGAAGAGCCAACUAUGACUACAGCAGCGACUACAGUCACAGAAGAGCCAACUAUGACUACAGCAGCGACUACGGUCACUGAAGAGACAAUUAUGACUACAGCAGUGACUACGGUCACAGAAGAGACAACUAUGACUACAUCAGCAAAUACAGUCACAGAAGAGACAACUUUCACUACAUCAGCGACUACGGUCACUGAAGAGACAAUUAUAACUACAGCAGCGACCGCGGUCACAGAAGAGACAACCAUGACUCCAUCAGCGGCUGCGGUCACAGAAGAGACAACCAUGACUGCAUCAGCGACUGCGGUCACAGAAGAGACAACUAUGACUGCAUCAGCGACAACGGUCACUGAAGAGACAACUGUGACUACAUCAGCGAGUACAGUCACAGAAGAGCCAACUAUGACUACAUCAGCAACUACGGUCACCGAAGAGCCAAUUAUGACUACAGCAGCGACUGCGGUCACAAAAGAGACAACUAUGAUUACAUCAGCAAGUACAGUCACAGAAGAGACAACUAUGACUACAUCAGUGACUACAGUCACAGAAGAGCCAAUUAUGACUUCAUCAGCGAGUACAGUCACAGAAGAGCCAACUAUGUCUACAGCAGCGACUACAGUCACAGAAGAGCCAACUAUGACUACAUCAGCGACUACGGUCACAGAAGAGCCAACUAUGACUACAGCAGCGACUACGGUCACAGAAGAGCCAACUAUGUCUACAGCAGCGACUACGGUCACAAAAGAGAUAACUAUGACUACAUCAAAAAGUACAGUCACAGAAGAGCCAACUAUGACUACAUCAGCGACUACAGUCAAAGAAGAGACAACUAUGACUACAGCAGCGACUGCGGUAACAGAAGAGACAACAUUCAUUACGUCAGCGACUGCGGUCACAGAAGAGACAACUAUGACUACAGCAGUGACUGCAGUCACAGAAGAGACAACUAUGACUGCAUCAGCGACAACGUUCGCAGAAGAGACAACUGUGACAAUAUCAGCGAGUACAGUCACAGAAGAGACAACUAUGACUACAUCAGCGACUACGGUCACAGAAGAGCCAACUAUGACUACAGCAGGGACUGCGGUCACAGAAGAGUCAACCAUGACUGCAUCAGCAACUGCGGUCACAGAAGAGACAACUAUGACUACAGCAGCGACUGCGGUCACAGAAGAGACAACUAUGACUACAGCAGUGACUGCAGUCACAGAAGAGACAACUAUGACUGCAUCAGCGACAACGUUCGCAGAAGAGACAACUAUGACUACAUCAGCAAGUACAGUCACAGAAGAGCCAACUAUGACUACAUCAGCGACUACAGUCACAGAAGAGCCAACUAUGUCUUCAUCAGCGAGUACAGUCACAGAAGAGCCAACUAUGACUACAGCAGCGACUGCGGUCACAGAAGAGACAACUAUGACUACAGCAGCGACUACAGUCACAGAAGAGACAACUAUGACUACAACAGCGACUGCGGUCACAGAAGAGACAACUAUAACUACAGCCGUGACUGCGGUCACAGAAGAGACAACUAUGACUACAGCAGCGACUGCGGUCACAGACGAGACAACUUUCACUACGUCAGCGACUACGGUUAAAGAAGAGCCAACUAUGACUACAGCAGCGACUGCGGUCAGAGAACAGAAAACUAUAACUACAGCAGCGACUGUGGUCACAGAAGAGACAACCAUGACUCCAUCAGCGGCUGCGGUCACAGAAGAGAAAAACAUGACUGCAUUAGCAACUGCGGUCACAGAAGAGACAACUAUGACUACAGCAGCGACUACGGUCAGAGAAGAGACAACUAUGACUACAUCAGCAAGUACAGUCACAGAAGAGCCAACUAUGACUAUAUCAGCGACUACAGUCACAGAAGAGCCAACUAUGGCUUCAUCAGCGAGUACAGUCACAGAAGAGACAACUAUGACUACAGCAGCGACUAUGGUCACAGAGGAGACAACUAUGACUACAGCAGCGACUGCGGUCACAGAAGAGACAACUAUGACUACAGCAGCGACUACGGUCACAGAAGAGACAACUAUGACUACAGCAGCGACUACUGUCACAGAAGAGACAACUAUGACUACAUCAGCAAAUACAGUCACAGAAGAGACAACUUUCACUACAUCAGCGACUACGGUCACUGAAGAGACAACUAUAACUACAGCAGCGACCGCGGUCACAGAACAGACAACCAUGACUCCAUCAGCGGCUGCGGUCACAGAAGAGACAACCAUAACUGCAUCAGCGACUGCGGUCAAAGAAGAGACAACUAUGACUACAGCAGUGACUGCGGUCACAGAAGAGACAACUAUGACUGCAUCAGCGACAACGGUCACUGAAGAGACAACUGUGACUACAUCAGAGAGUACAGUCACAGAAGAGCCAACUAUGACUACAUCAGCAACUAUGGUCACAGAAGAGCCAACUAUGACUACAGCAGCGACUGCGGUCACAAAAGAGACAACUAUGAUUACAUCAGCGACUACGGUCACAGAAGAGACAACUUUCACUAUGUCAGUGACUACGGUCACAGAAGAGCCAACUAUGACUACAGCAGCGACUACAGUCACAGACGAGACAACUAUAACUACAGCAGCAACCGCGGUCACAGAAGAAACAACUAUGACUACAUCAGCGAGUACAGUCACAGAAGAGCCAACUAUGACUACAGCAGCGACUGCGGUCACAGAAGAGACAACUAUGACUACAGCAGCGACUGUGGUCACAGAAGAGACAACUAUAACUACAGCAGCGACUACAGUCACAGAAGAGCCAACUAUGACUACAUCAGCGACUGCAGUCACAGAAGAGCCAACUAUGACUUCAUCAGCGAGUACAGUCACAGAAGAGCCAACUAUGACUUCAUCAGCGAGUACAGUCACAGAAGAGCCAACUAUGACUACAGCAGCGACUGCGGUCACAGAAGAGACAACUAUAACUACAGCAGCGACUGCGGUCACAGACGAAACAACUAUGACUACAGCAGCGACUGCGGUCACAGAAGAGACAACUAUAACUACAGCAGCGACUACGGUCACAGAACAGACAACUAUGACUACAGCAGCGACUACAGUCACAGAAGAGCCAACUAUGACUACAUCAGCGACUACAGUCACAGAAGAGCCAACUAUGACUUCAUCAGCGAGUACAGUCACAGAAGAGCCAACUAUGACUACAGCAGCAACUACGGUCACAGAAGAGACAACUAUGACUACAGCAGCGACUACGGUCACAGAAGAGACAACUAUGACUACAGCAGCGACUACGGUCACAGAAGAGACAACUAUGACUACAGCACCGACUACGGUCACAGAAGAGCCAUCUAUGACUACAGCAACGACUACAGUCACAGAAGAGCCAACUAUGACUACAUCAGCGAGUACAGUCACAGAAGAGACAACUAUGACUACAGCAGCGACUACGGUCACAGAAGAGACAACUAUAACUACAGCAGCGACUGCGGUCACAGAAGAGACAACUAUGACUACAGCAGCGACUACAGUCACAGACGAGACAACUAUAACUACAGCAGCAACUGCAGUCACAGAAGAGACAACUAUGUCUACAGCAGCAACCGCGGUCACAGAAGAGACAACUAUGACUGCAUCAGCGACAACGGUCGCUGAAGAGACAACUGUGACUACAUCAGCGAGUACAGCCACAGAAGAGCCAACUAGGACUACAUCAGCAACUACGGUCACAAAAGAGACAACUAUGAUUACAUCAGCGACUACGGUCACAGAAGAGCCAACUAUGUCUACAUCAGCGACUACAGUCACAGAAGAGACAACUAUGACUACAUCAGCGACUACAGUCACAGAAGAGCCAACUAUGACUUCAUCAUCGAGUACAGUCACAGAAGAGACAACUAUGACUACAGCAGCGACUGCGGUCACAGAAAAGACAACUAUAACUACAGCAGCGACUAUGGUCACAGAGGAGACAACUAUGACUACAGCAGGCACUACGGUCACAGAAGAGACAACUAUGACUGCAGCAGUGACUGCAGUCACAGAAGAAACAACUAUGACUACAGCAGCGACUGCGGUCACAGACGAGACAACUAUAACUACAGCAGCGACUGCGGUCACAGACGAGACAACUAUGACUACAGCAGCGACUGCGGUCACAGAAGAGACAACUUUCACUAUGUCAGUGACUACGGUCACAGAAGAGCCAACUAUGACUACAGCAGCGACUACAGUCACAGACGAGACAACUAUAACUACAGCAGCAACCGCGGUCACAGAAGAAACAACUAUGACUACAUCAGCGAGUACAGUCACAGAAGAGCCAACUAUGACUUCAUCAGCGAGUACAGUCACAGAAGAGCCAACUAUGACUUCAUCAGCGAGUACAGUCACAGAAGAGCCAACUAUGACUACAGCAGCGACUGCGGUCACAGAAGAGACAACUAUGACUACAGCAGCGACUGCGGUCACAGACGAAACAACUAUGACUACAGCAGCGACUGCGGUCACAGAAGAGACAACUAUAACUACAGCAGCGACUACGGUCACAGAACAGACAACUAUGACUACAGCAGCGACUACAGUCACAGAAGAGCCAACUAUGACUACAUCAGCGACUACAGUCACAGAAGAGCCAACUAUGACUUCAUCAGCGAGUACAGUCACAGAAGAGCCAACUAUGACUACAGCAGCAACUACGGUCACAGAAGAGACAACUAUGACUACAGCAGCGACUACGGUCACAGAAGAGACAACUAUGACUACAGCAGCGACUACGGUCACAGAAGAGACAACUAUGACUACAGCACCGACUACGGUCACAGAAGAGCCAUCUAUGACUACAGCAACGACUACAGUCACAGAAGAUCCAACUAUGACUACAUCGGCGAGUACAGUCACAGAAGAGACAACUAUGACUACAGCAGCGACUACGGUCACAGAAGAGACAACUAUAACUACAGCAGCGACUGCGGUCACAGAAGAGACAACUAUGACUACAGCAGCGACUGCUGUCACAGAAGAGACAACUUUCACUCCGUCAGUGACUGCGGUCACAGAAGAGACAACUAUGACUACAGCAGCGACUGCGGUCUCAGAAGAGACAACUUUGACUACAGCAGCGACUACGGUCACAGAAGAGCCAACUAUGACUACAGCAGCGACUGCUGUCACAGAAGAGACAACUUUCACUACGUCAGUGACUGCGGUCACAGAAGAGCCAACUAUCACUACAUCAGCGACUGCUCUCACAGAAGAGACAACUUUCACUACUCAGUGACUACGGUC